UGUAAAAAAGUAUGGAAAAAAUUAAUAUAACUUUAAUUAAACUUUAUAUUUUAUGACUUUUUCUAUUAAAGUAUAAAAUUUAUUAACAAAAAAAAUGACUAGUGAAAUUCAAAUCACAAGCAUCGUAAAUGAUAUUUUAAAAGUAGAAGCUAUAGAAGAAGCUUUUAGUUGUGUUUUGGUGCAUCAUCCAAAUAGUGAAAAUGAAAAAAUAACAGCAUGGCAAACAGAAUUAUCAUCUACUAUGUCAAAUUUGUCCAAAGAACAACAAGAAAAUGCAGUAAGACAAUUUUUAACCAUGGCAGCAGCAAUGACUAAUCAUAAAAGAUUACAAUUAUUAUUGUCAUUACUUGAAAACUUAGUUACAUCAAAUGUCUUAGCAGCAAGACUUGUAUGUGAAUGUAUAUUAAAUUGUGAUAAACUUCAAUAUCAAUUAGAAGAUUUUUGGAUUGAAUGUUUUGUUCUUAUUCGACAUAUUAUUGGAGGAGUUGAUUAUAAAGGUGUCAGAGAAAUAAUGAAGGGAUGCAAAGAAAAAGCACAAACAAUUCCAGCAAGAUUAGAUGCAUCUAUUCAACCUCAAUUAAAAGCUUUAGAAAAUGUACUUGAAUAUAUUUUUGAUAGAAAUGCUUUAUUACCAGGCUAUUUUAUUGUAACUGAAAUUCAAAAGGCUUAUCCUGAUGGUAAAAAUUGGCCACAUUGGAAAUUAGCAAAAUUGCUUUCAAAUUUUGUCGAAAGUUUUCGUAAUACUGCGCAAAUGGUAUCUAUAGUUGGACAUUCAAAAAUGUUACCAGUAGUGGAACAUACUGGAUAUGCAGAUUUGAUUAAUCCUUGGGUACUUGAUACUACAACAUUAAAAUUUUCAUUAAAAGGAAAUUUGCCUUAUGAUGAAGAUUUACUUAAACCUCAAACAGGAUUGCUUAGAUAUGUGUUAGAACAACCAUAUAGCAGGGAUAUGGUGUGUUCAAUGCUUGGCUUACAAAAACAGCAAAAACAGCGUUGUAUAGCUUUAGAAGAACAAUUAGUUGAACUUGUUAUUCUUGCUAUGGAACGUGCAGAAAAUGAAACGUUACCAGCAGAAGGAACUGAUGGAACUGUUGCAAAUCAUUAUGUAUGGUUGCAUCUUUCAUCACAACUUAUAUAUUUUGUACUUUUUUCAUAUGCCUGUUUUCCGAGUAUCGUAAUGGCAAUACACGAUAAAUUAGCAGGAAGAGAUUUAAGAAAGGGAAGAGAUCAUUUAAUGUGGGUUCUGUUGCAAUUCAUUUCUGGAAGUAUUCAAAGAAACCCUUUAUCAAAUUUUUUGCCAGUAUUAAAACUGUACGAUCUUCUUUAUCCAGAAAAAGAACCUUUACCAGUUCCGGAUUAUACUCAGGCAUUAUGCACUCAUCAAAUGGCUAUUACAUGUAUAUGGAUACAUUUAUUAAAGAAAGCUCAAUCUGAACAUUCAAACAUUCAUAGACCAAUACCACAUACUUUAAAACUUCAUCAUGAAUUUUUGCAACAUUUAGUUAUGCCUAAUACAUCUUUAUGUAUGGGUUCAGAUUAUCGCAUUGCUUUGUUAUGUAAUGCAUAUUCUACAAACCAAGAUUAUUUUGGCAGGCCAAUGGCUGCUUUAGUGGAUACUAUACUUGGUACUCAAAAAGGUCAACAACAGCAGCCAAUGCAAACAUUACAAAAUAAUGCAGCUCUUGCAAGUGGACCAACCACACCAUUAUCAAUGUCAAUAUUGGAUUCGUUAACUGUUCAUUCAAAAAUGAGUCUAAUACACAGUAUUGUUACUCAUGUUAUAAAAUCAGCACAAUCUAAAAGCAAUAUGGCAUUAGCACCAGCACUAGUUGAAACUUACAGUAGAUUACUUGUAUAUACUGAAAUUGAAAGUCUGGGCAUCAAAGGUUUCAUCAGUCAAUUACUUCCAACAGUUUUCAAAUCUCAUGCAUGGGGAACAUUGUAUACAUUAUUAGAAAUGUUUAGUUACAGAAUGCAUCAUAUACAACCACAUUACAGAGUACAACUUUUAUCUCAUUUACAUAGUCUUGCAGCUGUGCCACAGACAAAUCAAACACAACUUCAUUUAUGUGUGGAAAGUACUGCUCUUCGUUUAAUUACUGGAUUAGGAUCUGCUGAAGUGCAACCACAAUUAUCUCGAUUUUUAUCAGAACCUAAAACUCUUGUAUCAGCAGAAUCUGAGGAAUUAAACAGAGCUUUGGUAUUAACACUAGCACGCUCUAUGCAUGUUACAGGAACAGGAUCAGAUAGUCAUAGUGGUACAUGGUGUAAAGAAUUAUUAAACACAAUCAUGCUAAAUACCCCACAUUCAUGGGCUAAUCACACUCUUCAAUGUUUCCCUCCAGUAUUAAGUGAAUUCUUCCAACAAAACAGUGUACCAAAAGAAAACAAGCAACAAAUUAAGAAAGCAGUAGAGGAAGAAUAUCGAAAUUGGGCUUCUAUGAGUAACGAAAAUGACAUAAUAGCACACUUUUCUGUCCCAGGUACACCACCUCUAUUUUUAUGUCUUUUGUGGAAGAUAAUUUUUGAAACUGAUCGAAUUAGUCCAAUUGCAUAUAAAAUCUUAGAAAGAAUUGGAGCUCGAGCUUUGUCGGCUCAUCUUCGAAAAUUCUGUGAUUAUCUUGUGUUUGAAUUUGCUAAUAGUGUAGGUGGACAACAUGUGAAUAAAUGUGUUGAUACAGUUAACGACAUGAUAUGGAAAUAUAACAUUGUAACUAUUGAUAGAUUAAUUCUUUGCCUAGUGUUAAGAACUCAUGAAGGUAGUGAUGCUCAAGUAUGUUUUUUUAUAAUCCAAUUAUUAUUAUUGAAAGCCAUUGAAUUUAGAAAUAGAGCUCAAGAAUUUGUAAAAGAAAAUUCUCCAGAACAUUGGAAACAAUCAAACUGGCAUGAAAAACAUCUUGCAUUUCAUAGAAAGUUUCCAGAAAAGUUUGCUCCAGAAGGUAUUAUGGAACAAACUAGUGGAGGACCUAGUCAAUAUCAGAGUUUACCUGUUUAUUUUGGAAAUGUAUGCUUACGAUUUUUACCGGUUUUUGAUAUCGUUGUACAUAGAUAUUUGGAAAUUCCAGCUGUAUCAAAAAGUUUAGAAACACUUCUAGAACAUUUGGGAUGUUUAUAUAAAUUUCAUGAUCGACCUGUUACAUAUCUUUAUAAUACAUUACAUUAUUAUGAACGUAAAUUAAGAGAUAGACCACCUUUAAAACGACGUUUAGUAUCAGCUGUUUUGGGUUCUUUGAGAGAAAUUAGAGCACCAGGAUGGGCACUUUCAGAAGCUUAUCAAAUGUAUAUGACUCGAUCUUCUGAUGAUGUUGUUUCAUGGAUGCCUGAAUUGGAUUAUUAUAUUCGUUUAGUGCGAAGAAUUGUAGAAACAAUGUCAGGUACAGCACAUUUUCCUGCUACUGAUUGGAGAUUUAAUGAAUUUCCCAAUCCUGCUGCACAUGCAUUAUAUGUUACAUGUGUUGAACUUAUGGCUGUUCCUGUUGCACCAAAUAUAGUUGCCAACUCAUUGUUAGAUGUAGUUGCAAAAGGGUAUACAGUGAUACCAUCGGAUGAAAUUCAUCUAUGGAUAAAUUGUGUUGGUUUAUUAUUGGCUGCUUUACCAGAAUGUUAUUGGUCAGCACUUCAUGAUCGAUUAGUAGAAACUAUUAGCAGUCCAGGAUUAGCUAGUUGGCAAUAUAAUAAUUUAACUCCAUUUCAAAUGUUUAAUUUUAAUAACACACAUAAUAGUUUAUUGGAAAAUAAAUACAGUUAUAUGUUGGCUUUGGCACAUUCUGUAUGGCAUCAUGCUGGUGUUGGACAAAUAACUACUAUGCCUCAAUUUAUCAAAGAAAAACUUCAACCAGUUGUAAAUAGUGAAGAACAAUUAAUAUAUGCUUGUCAUUUAAUUGGACCUACUUUAGCAAGAUUUAAUGCUGAAAGGCCACACUGUGUUGUAGAAUUAACAGUUUGCUUAUAUGAAAUGCUUGAACAAGUUGAUCGACUUCAAAAUCAUUUACAGUAUAUGGAUCCAGUUUGUGAUUUAUUAUAUCAUAUAAAAUACAUGUUUGUUGGUGAUAUGACAAAAAAUGAAGUGGAAUGUGUUAUACGAAGAUUAAGACCAGCAUUACAAAUGAGAUUACGAUUUAUUGCUCAUAUAAAUAUAGAUGAAAUUCAAUCUUCCUGAGAUAUUCUUCCUAAUAUUAUUAGUAAUAUAGAGCUAUCUAUAUAAAUAUUGCGUUAUAAGUAUGUGAAAUAUUAAUUAUGAAAAUCAUUAUUUAAAUUUUAUAUUUGAAAAUGUAUUUUUUACAUAUCAAGACUAAAUAUGUUAUAUAUUAUUUAAAAAAAAACUUGAUCUUCAUUUCAUAAGAUAAAAUAUGCAUAUAAAUCCAAAAUAAAAUAUUUUAAUAAAGUA